AUGUUCAUUUUCAUCAACCAUGGAGAUAAUCAGCAGUUUCUGGUCAAUACCAAUUGCUCUGUCCGCCUGUUGCUACAUUACGUCCGAAGUAAAGUGGGGUUGACUAAAAGAGACACCAUCGAUUUGUGUGAUGAAAUGGGGACAAUUAAGUUGCUUUUCCUGAUGAAGACCCCUGGAGACUAUGCCAGCAAAUUCCUUACAGCUCGAAGCACCUACUACGUUUGUAAGGUGGAGCGUGGGGAAACAGGACCCAGACUUCAGAAUGCCUAUAGAGCUUUUGUGCCCCUCCUGAAGAAUCCAGAGCCCAAGCUAAUCGAAUCACUGCACACACAAUGUGACAUCCUGGAGAGGAGCCAAUUGAAGAUGCUUAGAAUCCAAGAAGCCAAGAAGGUCAUUCCAAUUCAGUCCUCCCUGAACGUUCCAUCCAAAUCAUCGGGUCGAUCAGAUGGAGACAGGCCCCCUUCAAAGACUAUGGUCUUUAAGACCAGAGCAGAGGUUCUCAAAAAGAGGAAUAGACGUCGUUAA